CCAUCUCCCGUUAUUCCUCUCCAAAUACAGACAGAGCUGCGAAUGAGAGAGGGAGACGGGGGUUUGUGAGCCUAAAAAUACACAGAGACACAUUACAGUCAUUUGUUUUGAGGAAAUUAAUCACUGGAAUAUUAGACAGACAGUGAGGGACAAACACACGUGUGUACACGGCGAGGAGAAGAAGCGCUCGCGGUGAAGUUUGUAGUCUGAAAGUCUCUUCGCCGAGUGUGGAUUUAUCGAGAAUUCAAAUCACUGCGAGUUUGCCAGGAGACGAAAAGACGAUUUAUAUGGUUUAAAUUAAGGCCGUCUCCACAGGCAUGUGCUAUGCCACUGGAUAACCCAGAGGACAGCAGCCUCCCAAACCUUGUAUGUCUGACUAAUGUGUUUUUGCAGUGCAGUGUGGGAUGGCCCUCUUCUUCACCCUGCUUCAUUCCCUCCUCCUGGGCAUUCUGGGAGCCCCAAGGGUCUAUAGCAGUUAUCCCCGCUUCUCUUUCAAUGACACGGUCUUCCAGCACCUGGCAUUGCACCCUGACCCCAACAUAGGAACAGUCUAUGUGGGGGCACGAGACCAUCUGUUCCAGCUUGCUGGUCUUGGUGGCCUCUGGCUUGAAGUAGAUGAGAGAACCGGCCCUUUGAGAGACAGCAAAGACUGUCUGCCUCCGGUAACACUAGAGAACUGUCCUCAGGCUGGACUAGUUAACAACCACAACAAGCUACUGUUAGUGGAUCCCUAUUCCCGUCAGCUCAUCACCUGUGGCAGCGCACACCAGGGAACGUGCCAGAAACGCAGCCUAGAUAAUGUGAAUGAAGUUAUAUUUUCUGCCGAGAGACCUGUUGAUACGCAGUACGUAGCGGCUAAUGACCCUACCACUUCAACGGUUGGACUUGUAGUGCGACCACAAGACAAAGAUCCCAUCCUCUACGUUGGGCGAGGCUACACCAGCAGUCACCCACCGGUGUCUACGCGUCAACUUUCAACAAAGCCUGUGUUCUCCUAUGAGGAAACCGCCAAACUCGCUGUUGCUGGACGGCUCUCUGAAUACGAUCACAAUUUUGUGGCUACUUUUGCCAGACGCAACCACGUCUACUUUUUAUUCUAUAGACGUGACCUGAAAGCUGCCUCAAGGGAGUAUCGGACGUAUGUGGCUCGAGUGUGUCUUGACGAUCAAGCAUAUUACUCCUACGUUGAAGUACCACUCAUGUGUCGCUCAAGCUCAACAGGCAGGAACUACAAUCUCCUCCAGGGUGCGCAGGUUGGAGGUGUGGAAUCUGGAGACUCACAGGUUUUAAUGGGAGUGUUUUCAACAGCGUUUAGUACUGCUAGUGGACCCAGUGAGGAAUCGGCAUUGUGUGUGUACGCUUUGGAUGAAGUAGACCAAAGUAUUGAUUCUACACGAGACCUGUGCUACACACAAGAUGGGGAGAAAGGUGGCAACAAAGUGGCCUACAUUGAGUACGAAGUUAAAUCAAGUUGUGCCAACCUGCCCACUAACACCCUAAAUGCUUAUCCCUGUGGUUCAGACCACACCCCAAGUCCAAUGGCGAGCCGGGAACCAGUUGAAGCCAAAUCCAUAUUGGACAGUCCAGCCGCCCGUCUGACUGCUGUGGCGGUUAGUGUAAAGGAAGACCAUACCAUUGUUUUCCUGGGUGACUCUCAAGGAAAUUUGCAUAAGCUGUUCCUGGCCAAAUCAGGAGAGGUGAAGAGUUACUCCACCCUUCUCAUCCAGCCAGGUUUGGCUAUCAACAGUGAUCUACUGCUGGAUUCCAGCCACAGACAUCUCUACAUCAUGACCAGCAAUUCUGUGGAGAAGAGGCCUGUGGCGGAGUGUGAGAAGCAUACCGAUUGCACCUCCUGUCUGUCAGUGAAGGACCCAUACUGUGGCUGGUGUGUGCUUGAUGGCCGGUGCGGGGUGCGUUCAGACUGUAGGUUUGGUUCAGUGGAAGGUCAUUGGCUGUGGAGUUUUGACGAGCAGCAGCAGUGUUUGAGAGUAGAGUCACUGAGCCAAUGUAAUGCCAGCCUUGGAGAGCAGAAACAGAUUGCUGUGGAUGUCCUAGGUUUGCCCAAUCUCUCAGAGGGUGAGAUGUACUCCUGUUUCUUUGAAGAAACUGAAACUGCUGCCUCUGUCCAGGGCACCACAGUCACCUGUGCCACUCCAGAGGCCCACAGACUUCCACCUGUACCACAGGGAGAGGACGCAGUGUCUGUUACCCUGUCCCUGCGGUUCAGGACUGUCACUGUAGCCGUCUCAGACUUCACCUUCUACGACUGCUCUGUGGUGCAGCAGCUCUCUGCCAGUAUGCCGUGUAGCGGUUGUGUAAACAGCCGUUGGAAAUGCAAUUGGUGCAUCCACCUGCAUGUUUGCACUCACCAGUCCACAUGUGACCAUGGUUUGAUCAUUUACAACCACCAUUUUACACUGCCCACAUCUCCUCCACAAACAAGAAAAGACUUUGUUACAUACACAUUCACCACCUCGCCACCCUCUACGACAAGCCCCUCAACCCCUGAGGUUACCAUAACAACCGAAACUGUUGUCAUGACUACCCCUUCAAUGACUCCUCCCACUACUCCAGAGCCCACUGUUGCCCCCACCACACCACUUCUGGAAACUACAACCCCUCUCAACAAUCCACCCACCACCUACAACCACGCGACAACUUCCUCUAUGUACAAAUCCAUGGCCACUACAGAGUCAGCUGAUAUAUUCACAAAGGCCUCGACUCCCUCGCAAAAUGGUUCUUGGAUUGAGGAGGAAGUCCAGGUAGGUUUGCUAUCAACACCGACCCCUCAAUCGUACGAAGAACUUGUGGGAGAUUCAAUACGUGAAGAGGCUGCUGAAGUGACGUUGCCCACGUUAAGAGCUGGUGAAGUGGUGACGAUUGGGCGAUUGGGUGAAGUGCUGCCUUCGUCUUCCUCUGAAGUGGUGACCCUCUCACAGGCAGAGCUGGAUGUAGAUGGUCUUAUAGACACAGGUGCUGCUAUGUCAUCUGCUAGCGCCCCCUCUGGCGAUGGUGAGGCAGGGCCUGAUUCAUCCGAUUUCCUCCUCGCUUCAGACAUGGACUACCAGUCCGACUCGGCUGACCUUUUCUUUCUGGGAGAAGAGAGUUUACAGAUGAUUGGUUCUCACGCCUGUCCGUGUGUGGAGGGCAUCCAGGGCAGCUCCCUCCUACCUGUCAAUGUUGAAAGGAAAAUCACUCUAGAGGGACACAACUUACACCUCUACCAGGACAAAGAGCUUGAUUACCAGUGUGUGUUGGUGAUCGAGGGCCGGUCAGUGGUGGUGGACGCUUUCGUGGAAGUGGAUGACACUCAGCCAUCUCUGUUCUUCAUAACCUGCCAACUACACAAGUACUCCUACUCUGCUGCUGUGGAAGAAUACAGGAGCAUCAUCUCGGUCAGAAGGAGAGAUUCCUUCCAGGUGGACUAUCCAAAAGACCUGCAUGUACGGCUGUAUAACUGCUCGGUGGGUCGCUCUGACUGCAGCCGCUGUCACACAGCCGAUCAGCAUUACGGAUGUGUGUGGUGUGAGGGGUCUCGCUCCAGCUGCAUCUACCAGAGCUCCUGUACAGACCACAUCCAGCAGACCUGCCCUGCUCCUCACAUACACACGAUUGAGCCCCUUUCUGGUCCAGUGGAGGGCGGCACAGUGGUCACAGUCUCUGGCUCUAAUCUGGGUCAGAGAGCAGAAGACAUCCAGCACUCGGUCACCAUAGGAGGAAUCCCUUGCACAGUCAUACCUGACAGAUAUGAGGUCUCUUCCAGUAUUAUUUGUGAGACCACAGCGAGUGGGGGGGAGCGGAGUGGGCACGUCUCGGUAGAGGUUAAAGGUGGAGGAAUCGGGCAGUCUGCCCAGCACUUCCGUUACCAGGACCCAUCGUUAUUGGGCGUGUCCCCUUUGAAAGGCCCAAUGUCAGGCGGCACAUCACUCACCAUCACUGGACGGAGCCUACUGACGGGCCAUCCCAGUGAGAUCAGCAUUCUUAUUGGUGGAGUCCCAUGUCACAUUUCUCCGGAGCAGUACAACGAACGUGUUGAAUGUGUUACUGGAGGGAGCAACAGGACUGGAGAGAGUGGUGUUAAAGUGCAGUUUGGCAGAGCCGAGCGCCAUCUACAGGAAGUAUUCUAUCAUUACACCCCAGAUCCCAAUGUGACCAAUGCGUUUCCUUCCAAAAGUUUCCUUAGCGGGGGCCGUAUUAUUCGAGUGUUAGGCCAAAAUCUGGAUGUGGUACAGGAGCCACGUAUCCGUGUGACUCUAACCCCACUGGAGCCACACUCUCAGAGGAGGAAGAGGAGGAGUGUGGGGUCUGGUGAGAAGAUCAAACAUUACGAACCUCUCAGAAGAGAGCGAAGGAUAGUCCCAGAACCAGACUGUCCUGAGGACAGUCUGUGUGCCAUAAAACAGGUUGAGGAACAGUGUACAGUGAAUAGCUCAACCCUGAUCCUAUGUCCCUCACCAGAAGUGGGACCCAAGGCCUUGCGUGCUGCCGUCAAAGUGCAUUUCCUCCUAGAUAACCUCCACUUUGAAUUUGAGGCGGUCAAUGGAAGCCCCUUCAUUUAUGAGCCGAACCCUGUUCUUCAUACCCUCAAUCAACACCACCCAAGCAAGCCUUUUCGCCACAAACCCGGCAGCAUCAUCUCUGUGGAGGGCGAGAACUUGGACCUGGCAAUGUCUAAGGAGGAGGUGGUUGCUCUGAUAGGAGAUGGGGAGUGUGCUGUGAAGACUCUAACCAUGAACCACUUGUACUGUGAGCCACCAACACAACAGCCACCAGUGUCUGUGACCAAGAAACGAGUGUCCACUGAGGCGCUCCCAGAGUUCACUGUAAGGAUGGGGAAUCUGAACUUUUCUUUGGGACGAGUGCAGUAUGAUUCUCAAGGCCAGGCUGCCUUUCCUCUGGAGGCCCAGGUUGGGGUCGGGGUGGGAGCCUCGAUUGUGGCUCUUAUUGUGCUGGUUAUCGUGCUCAUAUACAGGAGGAAAAGUAAGCAAGCACUAAGAGACUAUAAGAAAGUUCAGAUCCAACUGGAAAAUUUGGAGACCAGUGUCAGAGAUCGCUGUAAAAAGGAAUUCACAGAUCUGAUGACUGAGAUGAUGGACGUGUCCAGUGAUCUGAUGGGAUCUGGAAUUCCAUUCCUUGACUAUCGCAGGUAUUCUGAGAGGAUCUUCUUCCCCGGUCACCGUGAUUCUCCGCUGAGGCGGGACCUGGACGUUCCUGCUUGUCGCCGGGCUACUGUGGAGCAAGGCCUGGUUCAGCUGUCUAACCUCCUCAACAGCAAGCUGUUCCUCACAAAGUUCAUCCACACUCUGGAAGCCCAGCGGACCUUCUCUCCAAGAGACAGGGCAUAUGUGGCAUCCCUCCUCACAGUGGCACUGCACGGCAAGCUGGAGUAUUUCACUGACAUCUUAAAAACUCUGCUUAGUCACCUGGUGGAGCAGUACACCACUAAAAAUCCCAAACUCAUGCUACGCAGGACUGAAUCUGUGGUGGAAAAGCUGUUGACUAAUUGGAUGUCCAUUUGCCUGUACUCCUUCCUCAGGGACACAGCAGGCGAGUCAUUUUUCAUGCUGUUCAGAGCCAUAAAGCAUCAAGUAGAUAAAGGUCCUGUGGACGCUGUUACAGGCAAAGCUAAAUACACACUCAAUGACAACCGACUACUACGAGAAGAUGUGGAGUACCGCACACUGACUCUGAAUGUUAUUGUGAGCAGUGGAGGUGCUGGUGAGUCUCAGACGGUCCCCACCAAAGUGCUGGAUUGUGACACCAUCACUCAGGUGAAAGAGAAGAUUUUGGAGCACACAUGCAAGGGCACGUCACUUUCCCAAAGACCCUCCGCAGACUCCGUUCAUCUCGAGUGGAGAGCAGGAAUGGCUGGUCAUCUGAUCUUGUCAGAUCAGGACUUGACAUCAGUGGUUCAGGGUUCCUGGAAACGUCUCAAUACUUUACAACAUUACAAGGUACCUGAUGGUGCCACAAUAACACUUGUGUCACGACAAUCCAAGCAAAUCCACCAUGACAGCCAUGACUACAUACCAGGCGAGAAGACCCCAAUGUUGGAAGAUGGAGAAGACGAAGGAGUGAAACAAUGGCAUCUGGUGAAGGCCAGCGAGGAGUCGGAGCUUCCCAAACACAGACGAGGCAGUCUUAGAGACAAAGAGCGAGAGAGAGCCAAGGCUAUACCAGAGAUCUACCUCACUCGCCUGCUGUCUGUGAAGGGUACACUGCAAAAAUUUGUUGAUGAUCUGUUCACUGUGAUUCUGAGCACCAGUCGACCGGUUCCUUUGGCUGUGAAAUAUUUCUUUGAUUUGUUGGAUGACCAGGCAGCACAGCACAACAUUACAGAUCCAGAGACAAUCCACAUAUGGAAAACAAACAGCUUACCGCUGAGAUUCUGGAUCAAUAUUCUGAAGAACCCUCAAUUCAUAUUUGAUGUUCAGGCCUCUGACAAUGUAGAUGCUGUGCUGUCAGUCAUUGCUCAGACUUUCAUGGACUCUUGCACCAUCGCCGACCAUAAACUGGGCAGGGAUUCCCCAAUCAAUAAGCUACUGUAUGCUCGAGACAUCCCACGGUACAAACAAAUGGUCGAGAGAUAUUAUUCAGAUAUAAGACAGACCAUCUCUGUCAGUGAUCAAGAGAUGAACUCCGCUCUAGCUGAACUCUCCAGGAACUACUGUAAUGAGGUUAAUCAUCUAGUGGCAUUACAUGAGUUGUACAAGUAUAUCAACAAAUACUAUGAUCAGAUUAUCACAGCUUUAGAAGAGGACUCAACAGCUCAGAAGAUGCAGCUGGGAUACAGACUACAACAGAUCGCUGCAGCUGUGGAGAAUAAAGUAACUGACCUUUGACCUGUAACCUUGGAUAGAGACUGGAAAAAAAGCAACAAAGCCAAUGAAAGAGAGAGAGCCAAGACCUUGCCCAGAGGCAUGAACUCUCACUUCCUGGAAAGAACUAAAGCAUUCUGAGAGGAACAGAAGCUAUUUGAGACUGAGAUCUGAGACAUUGUUACAAUUAAAGAUGCAGCAUUCGCAGAUAUUACACAUACAUUAUUGCUGGUCUGCUGAAUUGCUCUCUCUGCUAAAAGUAAGGGUCAAUGUUUCAUGAAAGAUUUCAUCCGCAGAGCCCUCGCCAACACACUACAGUGCCUCUGAAAGCUCCAAAAGUGCUGCUUGAACUUCUACUGUUUGUUUGUUGGAGGGGUGUCUGAUGUCUAUAGAUGUUCCUCAUCUAACAUGUAUGGCCGGCGUAUUUUAUUAAUAAUUGUUUGCGCAUUACACUGUUCAGUCUUACGCAGACCACCUGUUUUGCAGGUUUUUGUGAAACUGCUAGCUUUUAUGUAUUUGGUGUGAUGUAAUUUAUGUUGCCGCUACACCCAGUGUCUUAAUACUAAGAAACAAAAUCUUCUUGUAAGUUCUUCAAAGGACAAUUAAAUGAAUUGUCUUGCUCCACACACCCAUAGAUGUUUUGUUUUUGCCAUGUUAUUUGACCUAAACUGUACAUGCUAGAAAAUACUUUUUUUGGAUGUCUUGUUUUUAUCCAGAAUAUUUUUUUAAACGCUGGUUUAAGGGACCUCUCCUUAAAAGGGCCAUGUGUGAUGCUUUCAUAUGGCACAGAAUACAGUAUUAUAUACCGUACAUUAACAUGCAUGGACACUCACCGUGAAUUCAGAGAUAAAUGGUUGGCACAUAUAUGUCAUAUGUGUAAACCUGUUUUAAGUCACAUUUUAUUGAUUAUUAUCAUGUAAAUAGAAGGUUAACCCGAUUAACACAUUUGACAAUUAAUUAAGGUUGUGUCAUGUAACGUUCACAAUGCUCAGUUGUAAAUUUGUUCAUAGUCAUUUAGAGUUUGUUUUUUCAGUGUUAAUGUGUGCUAAUUAAUGUUCUGAUGUUUUUGUUGGCUUGCAUUAGUAAAAAAAAACGAUUGUUUACCUGGCUGUCCAAAAUGUGUAUGUACAGUAAAUCCCUGCACACUUGGCUGAAUGAAGCAGUUCAUUUAUGCAAAUCUUUCUAUUCUGUGCGAUCGCGGUCAUACUUUCUAUCUUUUUGUUUGUUGUUUGUUUUUUGUUUUUUUGCUUUUAAAUUGGUCUCACAUUCUUAAAAGAACAGAAAAUCCAAAAAUUUGUAUUUUCAUUUUUGGGUGAACUAUCCUUUUAAAGACAUGUUUGUUUUGUUCAGCCCAUGUAAGUGUGUUCUUUAAAGAAGAUGUGGUUAAUAGCAAAAGGUAGUUCAGAUACAUAAUAGUAAAACAUAAGAUGAUUUGAUUUAUAUCCAUCUUGCCCUCUUACCCUUUACAGAAAUGGCUGAAUUGUUUGGAAAUUAAAUAAUAGCUGUAAAAAGUAAUGUGGACCAUCUGCACAUCAAGGACAUCCUUGUGCAUCCUUACAGUGUUUUUGAGUAAGCACAAAGCAUUACACAUGCCUUUUCAGCCAUAUGAUGUUCUUUUUUAAUGAUCGUUCAGUUAUUCUUGUUUUGUUUUAUCUUGCAUUUCCUAAACACUGAAUGCACAUAACUACUGCAGCUGCUGCGUUUUCUUUUUUUAUGUAAUUAUUUAUUAUUUUAUUUUUGAUUGGCUGUCAAUGGCAGGCUAGUAAUGUACAGACCAAAUUGUUUGGUAAUUAUGACCCACCCUAAUUGAAAAAAUCUAUUUUCUAUCUUUUAAUACGGCGAACUGCACAUUCAUGCAGAUAUUGGUCUUAUUUUUGCUGUAGUUCACUGUUGUGCUACAGGUGUUUUAGAUGUACGUGUGGCUGUGAUACACAACAUAUUAUUUUGUAGGUCAUGUACGGGAUGCGCUGGCUAUUUAAAGCAAUUUUACAUUGUUUUUACCAUCUCGUCCUUAUUACUUGUCCAUUUCUAUUACAUAAAAUGUUAUUAAAUGAAAUUUAUUCUGUAAAUAAAAUGUUGCGAUCACUCAUGAAAUGUUUCACAAGCUGUUAGACUGGAGCGAGCGUCUCUUUGUUUCAUCUAUA